AUGCUCCAUUUUAGUAGUGGACGUCUGUCAGAGAUCCGUAGCCUGACAGCGAACCUAGAGGCCCAGAGAGAUGAGGCCACCAGACAAGGACGUGAAGCUCAAACCCAGCGCGAAAUCAGAGCAGCGCAAGACAGACUAAGGACCGUGCAACGUAGCUCAGAAGACUUGAGAGGUGAGCUCGAACGAAUGAGGAUCGCCAAUACUAGCGCCAGAAUAUCGACACGAGACGCCUUGCCUUCUUUCCAAGGACAGCCUGCAUCAUCUAGCAGACAGUCCCACCGAAAAACGGCCAACUCCUCAAACACUGGCUCGACAUCGGCGCCUCAAGGAUCUAGGGAAGCGAGUAGGACGACACACAAUCCAGAUGUACGUCCAUCAACAACACUAGAAGCGAGGUCAUCCAGACAACAGCACCACCGAGCGUCUAGAUCAGAGGAUGUACCUCAAGGUAAUUUAUCAAACUAUGGUCAACCUACGGCUUAUCAGCCUGGAGCGUCGAGUGGACAAGGCUUUGGCCAAGCUACAGGCACCCAACCAUUCUCAGAUUAUCAGCCUCCAUCUGGACUCCAGCAGAACGUGGUCCCUCAAGCACCUUCUUUCCAAGCCCCGCCGAUUCAACAACCGUCAUAUUACCGCGGCUAUACAAGUAGCGACAUAGCUCCCAGUCUAACAAGGACAUCUAGACAAGGCGACUCUACCGACUCUACCGAGUCAAGCGAUGAUGAAUAUGUCGACGAUCGGGGUUCUCCGUAUCGGGUAAACCGAAGGCAGUUUCGUGACGUUGCGGGUGUCAGUGUCCGUAGAAACACAGAAGCUGCCCCAGGGCAUAGAUCGAAUCAUAGGUCUGCAUCAGGAAGUGGAGGGUAUGAACCAACGGCAAUACCAAGUCAGGGAACGGGAAGGCCAUCAUCCUCUAGCCACAGACGAUCAUCGUCAAAUGCCUCUAACACCGCCGCGGGAAGUAGUCGUCUCCCCCCAAUAGGAGGAUCAACUCUUCCCGGUCCUGCCGUGGGUUUGCCUCGCCAGACAGCUGCCCCAAUACCACCAUAUCAAUCAUAUAGGCCGUCCAGCCCGCUGCCCCAAACGAGCCAGCAACUUGCACCGGAAUAUCGAUUUCCUCCGCCUAAUCCUUCGAGUCGAUCCUAUCCAGCACACAGUCAAUCAGGACCAACAGAUAAUCGAUAUCCAACUGGAAGAGCACCACCGAAUGCCGGGACAAUGACGGCACAGAUGCAGCAACUGAGUUUCAACCAAUAUAAUCAACAGAGCGCUCCCAUGGGACAGGGAUCGGCCUCAUGGUCGGCGAGCAAGCAGUCCAAAUACAAGGGUCAACGCUUACCAGAACAACGUCCCGCGACGGAUGUCCACGCCGCCUCUAGGAGCUCACACUAUGUCAAGCUCGCCUAUGUAUCCCGCCAGUUAUCAGCCAACACAAACCCCCAGAAGGGGUGCAAGCCCCGGCCGUUUAGGACCUCGAGUUCAGCUUCAUGGUACCCAACGACAAUCAGGGACAUCACUGCCGCUUGGAGGUCCCAAUUCGACUGUAGGCCCGUCAAUGUCCCCAACAGGUCAUACCCGGCAGCCUAUUGGGCCAAGAGGAAGGGAUACGAGCCCACUGAGAUCUGGGCCUUAUGGUACGUCGGGCCAGGGGCGUAA